GGGGCUUGAGAACCGGUUCAAUUGAGCCACUCAUUCGGUCUAGGCCGGGUCCCACUGCCAGAAUUCAAAAGAGAGAGACAUGCUCGCCAUCAUCCCUCUCGCUCGCUCUCCGCUUUCAUGCCCGCGAGAUUCCCCAAGAUUAUAUAUAUAUAUAUAGUGAUGGACGAGCUAAUGGCGAUCUCGGAUGAAGGCUUGGUUUCCUACUCCUUUUUUUGAUUGAUGGUGUCCCGAGAUGGACCUUGGUAUCCGAGUUUUUGAUGUCUUUUCAAUGGAAACCAGGAACUCCUUUUCUUAAAGUUUUGAUUUUUAUACGUCUUCGUAUUGUUUUUAUCUUCAAUGUCUUCUGCUGAGUUUCCGGGGUUUCGGUUCUUAUUCCAAGCUUUUUGCUAUUCAGAGAUGGUUGGACCCCCUGGUGGUGUUCUCUUUGUUGGUCUCUUAUGAGCAUCCUUUGAUCAUCUUCUGUUUUUCUUUUCUAUAUUUUUCCCUGCUAUGCUGGAAUCCUGUGAAAAGUUGAAUUUUUGAGGUUUAGAGUUUGUUUUCCUGAAUCAGAUGAUUGGACUCACAAUCAUUUGAGUAUUUGGGAGAGGAAUUUCACGAAAAGUUUCCAUCUUUGGGUCUCUUGGAGCAACCCUAUCGGCUGAGUGUUCACAAAGUGGAAAUCACAAUGCCAAGGCACAACAAAAGCUCUGACGUAUUCAUUGAUGGAGCUUGCAAGAUCCGUAAGAGGGGAUGCUCUUCAUCAUCUUCAGCGUCUUCAGUGUUGCAAAACUAUAAAUUUAAGAAGGCAAUAUUGAUCCCCAGGAGGAAUGUAGGAUCACCACCUUCUUCAAAAAAGGCGAGCUUCUUUGAGUCAUCUCCAAACCAACCAUUGAACAUUGUUGGUAUAGGAGCGCAACAAGGCUCAGUGUCUGCUCGGAAGCUUGCCAGCGCUUUGUGGGAGACAAACAAGAUCCCUUCAUCACAUAGGAUUGUUGAUAUACCGGGAAAGAUAAGUAAGAAGGAGAUCAAAGGGAGAGGUAGGAUAGUGAAGUCUGUCCUGCCGGAUUAUCUCCCACCUCAUUUAUCUGAUCCAUCACAUAGCCCUGUCUCUGUUAUUUCAGGUCGAUCAAGAUCCCGUAGUCUUAGGAAAAUGAUGCUGGUAGUUCCAUGGAGUUCUCAACAUAAUCAUCGCAAUUCAAGAGCUUCAGAUUUUGUAACUGAUGUUGCUGAAAAGGAGAUUAAAACAUGUACUCAAGGCUUCACUUUAAGGAGUAGAAUUGGAAGAAACAAGAAACUUUUGAAGGAUCUUACCAGUGGUUUCACUUCAUGCAAAGAACUCUUGAGAACACUGAACCACAUAUGCACGCGUGAAGAGCAGCAUUCAUCAAGCAUUCCUUUGGUUUCAGCUCUUCGACAUGAACUUGAUCGGGUGCAGAUACUGGUUGAUCAACUAAUUGAAGAACAGAAGCUGAGCUGUGAUGAAAUCGCGCACCUUAAGAAGUCCUACAUGGCUGAGAAGUCAGCUUGGAAGAGCAAGGAGCAGGAAAUGAUCCGUGCUGUUCUCAACUCGAUAACUGAGAAAUUCGAGUCUGAAAAGAGACAAAGGAGAAAAUCGGAGAAGCUUAAUAACAAGCUUGGUAUGGAACUAGCAAAAACAAAAUCAACAUUAUUGAAAGCAAUCAAAGAACUAGAUAAUGAAAGAAGAACAAGAGAGUUGAUUGAACAAUUCUGCAGUGAUUUAGUCAGGGGAAUUGGUCAGGACAAGGCUGAGGUAGAGGAGAUGAAGCUGGAGUCUGCCAAGUUACUAGAAGAACUAGAGAAGGAGAGGGAGAUGCUUCAGCUUGCUGAUGGGUGGCGUGAAGAAAGAAUUCAAAUGAAACUUUCAGAAGCCAAGUUUCAAUUUGAAGAAAAAAAUGCAGCUGUUGAUCAACUGAGGAAUGAGUUGGAAGCAUUUUUGCAUGAUAAAAUGACCAAAGAUCGCAUGGCUACUGAUUUAAAGACUGAUGAAAGAGUGGCUGGGAAACUUCAAUACCGACAAGAGCAUGAUGAAGAUGAGAAGAAUGAUAUAAACUCAACAGACGGUGAUUUUCAUUCAAUCGAACUCAAUAUGGACAGCGUUAACAAGAGUUAUAGAUGGAGUCAUGCUACUGACACUGCCAAUGAUGCUUCGAAAAAAGGUUUAGUUGGUAACUUGGAAAAAACAUCAAGGAGAAGCUUUUCUCCAGAUGGAGUGAUGCCAGAAAGAUGGUAUCUUAACUUGGGUUGUCAAUUGCAUCAAGGAAGGCAAUGCAGGAAGAAGAGUCUAGAGCUGAAUGUCAAUAUGGAGAGUCCAAAAUGGCAAUGGAGCAAACCACAGGAUUUGCAAGAUAUGGAUGAUGAAGUUGGUGCCAAAGGGUCAAUGCACUUUGAGUUGGUGAAAUCAAUAAGAGAUGAAUGCAGUAACUCUUUUAAGUCUUAGAAUCUUCGACAUGUGAAGUUCUUUAAAUUGUGUGCAUCCUUUCCUAAGUUGUGAUGGUGCUCUUAUUGUGUUGAGUUUGUUGAUAACUAGAAAUUGAGGAAGCUGUUUUGUCUGAAAAUAGUGAAAUGAACCUUGCAUUGAAGCAUCAUUUGAGUUGCUUUGGAAAAGACAAUAAGAAGAAUUGCUUUAGAAAUUCA